AUGUAUGAGGAGGGGGGCCCUGCCUCUAAAAAGAGUCGCCAUGGAGACACAGAGGUGGGGGACACUGUUGACUACAGGACACAGAGAGCAGGAUCUCCAGUGCACAGCUGUGUGUCUAUGAAGAGUGACUGGUCCAUCCAUGAACCUCCCCACUUCAGUGGAGAGACAGUGAACUUUGACCCAAGACUGCAGACACAGAGAGCAGGAUCUCCAGUGCCCAGCUGUGUGUCUAUGAAGAGUGACUGGUCCAUGCCUGAACCUCCAAACUUCAAUGGAGAGAGAAUUCAGAGAGCAGGAUCUCCAGUGCCCAGCUAUAUGUCUAUGAAGAGUCACUGGUCCAUGCCUGAACCUCCCAACUUCAAUGGAGAGACAGUGAACUUUGACCCAAGGUGAGUGAGGAGUGGAGGUCUGACCCAGGAUCAGUCCAGGUGUGGCCUGUGUGAACAGGUUCUGAGAGAUCCAGUCUCUACCAGCUGUGGACACAGUUUCUGCAGACAGUGUAUCAGCACAUACUGGGACCAGUCUGGUCCAUCAGGAGACUAUGUCUGUCCCCAGUGCAGAAAGAGAUCCAGAACACACCCUCUUCUACAGCAACACAAAGUCUCUGACUCUACAUCAGAUCAUGUCCUGCUGAGCACUAUUGAGGCUCAUAAAAGCAUCCUGAAAAACAAGUGUGAAUACUUAUUUGAGGGAAACACACUACGAGGAGAUCGAACCCUCCUCAACAGGAUUUACACAGAGCUCUACAUCACAGAGGGGGAGAGUGACGCAGUGAAUGAAGAACAUGAAGUGUUACAGAUUGAGACAGCAUCCAGGACACCAAGUUCACACGACAUACCAAUCAACUGCACUGACAUCUUCAAACCCCUGACCACUCAGGAACCUACAGAGAACAGAAAGGAAAAUGAAAUCAGAACUGUGCUCACCAAGGGCAUCGCUGGCAUCGGAAAAACAGUCACUGUGCAGAAGUUUAUUCUGGACUGGGCAGAGGGAGCGACCAAUCAGGACAUCGAUUUCAUGUUUGUACUUCCUUUCCGGGAGAUGAAUUUAAUUAAAGAUGAACACUACAGCCUUCAUGGACUUCUGCUAGAGUUUUACCCAGAACUGAGAGAUCUGGAUCCAAAGAAAUAUGAUGUUUGUAAAAUGCUGUUUAUCUUUGAUGGUUUAGAUGAGAGUCGACUUCAGCUAGGUUUUUCUCAGAGGUUGUGUGAUGUGGCCACAUCAGCAUCAGUGAAUAUAUUGAUAUCAAACCUCAUUCAAGGAAAUCUUCUUCCCUCUGCACUCAUCUGGAUUACCUCUAGACCAGCAGCAGCCAAUCAGAUUCCCUCUCAGCUCAUCAGUCGUGUGACAGAAAUAGUAGGAUUCAAUGAUUCACAGAAAGAAGAAUACUUUAGAAAAAGAGUCAGUGAUAAGAGUCAAGCCAAUAAAAUCAUCUCACACAUCAAGUCAUCAAGGAGCCUCCACAUCAUGUGUCACAUCCCAGUGUUCUGUUGGAUUUCAGCCACUGUGCUUCAGGAAAUGUUGCAACAAGACAAUAUUAAUGAGAUUCCUAAAACUCUGACUGAAAUGUACACACACUUCCUGCUCAUUCAGACAAACAUGAAAAAACAGAAGUAUGAGCAGAAACAUGCUACCAGCCCAAAAAAUCUUCUAGAAUCAAGCAGGGAUGUUUUUCUGAAACUUGCUGAGCUGGCUUUCAAACAGUUGUUGAUGGGUAAUGUCAUGUUUUAUGAAGAGGAUCUGAGAGAAUGUGGCAUUGAUGUGAGUGAUGCCACAGUGUACUCUGGGAUUUGCACCGAGAUCUUUAAGGAGGAAUCAGUAUUUCAUCAGAAAAAGGUCUACUGCUUUGUCCAUCUGAGUGUUCAAGAGUUCUUUUCUGCUCUCUAUGUGUUUUACUGCUAUAUAAGCAAGAACAUGGAUGUACUGAAGUAUUUUCUGAAGAGAAAGACCAGAGUUGUAGCAGAGAAUGUUUCCUUGGAUGUGUUGCUUAAGGGAACAGUGGACAAAGCCUUGGAAAGUAAAAAUGGACACUUAGAUCUGUUCAUCCGCUUCCUUCAUGGCAUAUCACUGGAGUCCAACCAGAAACUUCUACAGGGUCUACUGACACAGACAGAGAACAACCCAGAGAGCAUUAAGAAAGCGAUCCGAAACCUCAAACUGAUCCAAAAAAAGAAUGCUCACCCUGAAAGAUGCAUCAAUCUAUUGCACUGCUUGACUGAAAUGAAAGAUUGCUCAGUUCAAGAAGAAAUUCAAGCUUUUCUUAAAUCAAACAGACCUAGAACAAAGCUCACUCUUGCACAGUGUUCGGCACUGGCUUACAUGCUUCAGAUGUCAGAGGAGGUGCAGGAGGAGUUUAACCUGAUGAAAUACAACACUUCAGAUGAGGGUCGUAGGAGACUGGUCCCAGCUAUGAGGUGCUGCAGAAAAGCUCUACUUAAGGGUUGUAAACUCACUGAACAGUUCUGUGAAGCUGUAGUCUCAGUUCUACAGUCAGCAAACUGUCUCGUGAGAGAGCUGGAACUGAGCGACAGUGACCUUCAGGAUUCAGGAGUAAAGAUCCUCUGUGCUGGACUGGAGAAUCCACACUGUAAACUGGAGAAACUGAGACUUAAGGGUUGUAAACUCACUGAACUGUUCUGUGAAGCUGUAGCCUCAGUUCUACAGUCAGUAAACUGUCCCCUGAGAGAACUGGACCUGAGCGACAGUGACCUUCAGGAUUCAGGAGUGAAGAUCCUCUGUUUUGGAUUGAGGACUCCACUCUGUAAACUGGAGAAACUGAGGUUGUCUGGCUGUUUGGUGACAGAGGAAGGCUGUUCUUCUCUGGCUUCAGCUCUGAGUUCAAACCCCUCACACCUGAGAGAACUGGAUCUGAGCUACAGUCGUGUAGGAGGCUCAGCAAUGCAGCUACUCUGUGACAGAAAGAAGGAUCCACACCGUCAACUGGACACACUCAAAUGUGCUAUAGACAAGGCCUUAAAGAGCGAGAAUGGACACCUGGACCUCGCCCUCUGUGUCCUUCUUGGCCUCUCACUGGACUCCAACCAGAGACUCCUGAAAGAAUUACUGCCACAAACAGCGAUCAGAGCAGAGAGUGUGGAGAAAACAGUCAACUACACCAAGAGGACACUCAACAAGAACAUCUCAUCAGAGAGGAGCAUCAAUUUCCUCUGCUGUCUGAAUGAACUGAAGGAUGACUCCCUUGUGGAUGAAAUUCAUAAUUACUUGGGUUCAGGACGUCUCUCAACAGAGAAACUCUCAUCUGCUCAGCGGUCAGCUCUGGUCUUUGUGCUGCUGAUGUCAGAGGAGAAUCAAGAAAAAUUUGAGCUGAUGACAUACAGAGGAUCAGAUGAAGGGUUGAAGAGACUUCUGCCUAUACUGGAAAACACCCAGCAGGCUCUGUAA